AUGCUGCCGACUCAACAUAUAUUAACCCGCCAGCUGAUACGCCCUGGCUUGCCCGGGGUGUAUCGCGUGACAUGUGCUCGAGGUCUUCGCUACAACUCUUCCCUGGAAGCAGGCGAGAACAACACUGGACAUAUCAGCGUUGACACCAAGCAAGGUGUGCUGUUUUUCAACAAUCUCUACCCUCUCAGACUGCAAUGGCUGCUCCGUCUACCGCUCCUGAGCGCCGAGAGGCUGUUUUCGACCCUGACUGGAGGUGAUAAGUCCAUGGGAGCCAUCGAUCCUCAGAAAGUCAUCAAAAGAGCCCAGGAAGCUACUCCUGACAAGCCCGUGCAAGCAGACGUCGUCGAGGUGCUGCCCAGAGUCAAGGAGGGUGGUGCCUUUGUCAAGUUCACAUAUGAUGCUGGUUCGAAACCAGCCGAUAUUGAAGCAGCGGUACAGAAACAUCUUCAGGAUCACCAGGUGAAGCCUUGGUGGGCUCCUAUCACCAACGUUCGAGCAGGCUUAGUGAAGGGCAAGCCAUGGGUCGAGGAUUUGUACCGCUUGCCUAGUCAGCGAUUGAGAGUGGAGUUCUUGCCGACGGCCCCUGGAGGCGAAGUUGCAGAGUUAUCUCAAGAACAGCUAUAUGCUUACUUCAGACCCUAUGGAAAACUGGCAGAUAUCGUCUCUCAACCUUCUGAUUCAAAAGUGCUGCCCAAGUUUGCCACGGUCGACUUCACAGCAACCAGAAAAGCCGUUAUGGCCAAGAAUUGUUUACACGGCUAUGUCGUUUCGGAGACCCAAGGAGGCGGCAAACUAGGAACGGUCUUCAGAAUCAGCUACGAGAAAAAGCAGAAGGCACGAUGGUUUAUUGACUGGCUUACGAACCACCCCAGGAUCGCCAUCCCUGCGAUUGCAGCUCUCGUCGCCGGUUUCACCGUUGCUGUUUUUGACCCCAUCCGUACCGCUUUCAUCAAGGCACACAUUACCAGAACGCUCCAUCUCACAGACAACAGAGUCUAUCGCUGGUUCAAGAAACAGGCAAACGACCUUCUUGAUGUUGUGCGUCUUAGAUCACAUACUCCCGACGAAGCUGGAAUGGAGGCUAUCUGGGAAGAUCAGAGAGGGAACAUCAACCAGAUCAAGACUUGGCUCAUGGAAACAGCUGACACAUUCAUUGUGGUUCAAGGACCACGCGGAUCCGCAAAGCGAGAACUAGUCGUCGAUCAAGCUCUGAAGGACCGCAAGAAUAAGCUGAUCUUGGACUGCAAGCCGAUCCAAGAAGCUCGUGGCGACUCAGGCACUAUCAAUGCUACAGCGGCAGAAGUCGGCUACAGACCGGUGUUUUCAUGGAUGAACUCAAUCAGUGGAUUGAUCGAUCUUGCAGCCCAAGGUGCGACUGGUGUCAAGACCGGGUUCUCUGAGACCCUGGACUCGCAAUUAAAUGCUAACCUUAGCGACGACGAAUACCUCGAAGCACACCCUGAGAGGCGACCCGUCGUUGUCAUUGACAACUUCUUGCACAAGAGCCAGGAGGGCACUGUUGUUUAUGACAAAAUUGCUGAAUGGGCCGCCCGUGUGACCACAUCGAACAUUGCUCACGUCAUCUUCCUGACCCACGAUGUUUCUUUCAGCAAAUCGCUUUCCAAAGCCCUGCCAGACCGCGUGUUCCGUCAGAUCAGUCUUUCCGACACGAGUAUCGAGGUCGCCAAGCGAUUCGUCAUCAACCACAUCGACUUUGAGGCCGAAGAUGCAGACGCUGGUAUCAAGCAAUUGACUCCUUCGCAACGUCGUAAAGAUCUCGGGGAACUCGACAGCGUUCUCCCUGCUCUAGGUGGCAGACUCACAGAUCUCGAAUUCCUAGCCCGCAGAAUAAAGGCUGGCGAGACGCCACGCAAAGCCGUCCGCGAGAUUGUCGAGCAAUCCGCAAGCGAGAUUUUGAAGAUGUUUGUGCUUGGUCAGGAUGAUAGCGGCAGACAGUGGACACCGCAACAAGCCUGGCUACUCAUCAAGCAGCUCGCCAAGGACCAAAGUAUCCGCUACAACGAAAUCUUGCUAUCAGAUUCCUACAAGUCCGGCGGCGAAAAAGCACUCGCAGCCCUCGAACAAGCGGAACUCAUCGCCAUCCAAUCCUACAACGGCCGCCCAUACGCCAUCAAGCCCGGUCGUCCAGUCUACCAGCCUGCGUUCGAAAAGCUGACUCAGGAUAAGGUCCUGCAGUCACGCAUGGAUCUCGCAGUCUUGGCCGAGGGCAUCAAGGCCGAAACGCAGAGUAUUGACAAGUACGAGCAAGAAUUGCACCUUUUGGGCGAACUGCCGAGGCAGCCAGCAGAGCUGACCAGCCGUGUCAAUUAUCUUUUGGCAAAGAUUGUGGCCAGUCAAGCCAAGGUUGAGGUUUAUGAGAAACAGAGCGGUGAUCUCAAGAAGAUUCUGACUACGGAAUACUAG